AUGCCGUUCUUUAUUACUUUACUUCUUUCUUUUCCUCUUGCGCAUAUUUAUGAGAUCUGCGCCAACCCUCAACUUACAUACAAGUUGAGAGAAGGGAUUGACGAAAGAGAAAUUUGUUGUUUUAGAGCGCCUUUUAUUACUAUUAUUAUUUUUAUUUUUGGGUGGGAUCCGUCAGGCGUCGGGUGCCUGUUUUGGGUGGAGAAGAGCGGCUGGGGGCGCAUGCAGGCAUCCUCGGUGACGCCACUGCACGGUGCGUGUCGUCCUUUUUCUUCGUUCUCUUCUUCUUUUGCCGUUUCGUUGGGGACCGCCAUUGGGGGCGAAAGAGCGCCUGAGGCGGCGGACGGGGUGAGAAGGGAGGUCGCAGCGCCGCAGCUCUCUUGUCACCUAACGACAGAACGCGGUCAACGCCCUGCAGGCCUGACACAUGCGUCGCACGGCUCUCGGGUGCUCGAGUUGGAGGAGGAGCUGCGAGGCCUGAGGUCGGAGAAUGAAAAACUUAAACUUGUGGAGGAACAAUUCUGGGCGCUCCUGGUCGAGAAUGAAGAAUUGAGAAGGGCCGCAACUCACACAAGGAACUCUGUCGAGGUGUGUUGCGGUGGGGGAAAAAGGUGUACAGGCUCAUUUCCUCACGGGAUUACAGGGGAGAAAAAGGCUGAGAAGAGCUGGUGUGCCUCUUCCUGUCCUAGUGCUCUCGGAGAGCGCAUGGGUCUUUUACUUGCGAGUGAGUUAAAAGAUGCAUUGCCGAUGGAUUGCGCAGGAGCCGUGAAAAGGCAGCUGGAGCGAGAGGAUUUCGUGGGAAAAUACUUACUUUGGCUUCGCACCAAACAAAGAGAGGGCGACUUUGCCGAUAAGCCAAACGACUUUUUUUUCUCUAAUCACGGAGGAGCCUUAGCCACGGGGGAAGGAGGAGGAGUUGAUGCAACUUUCAACACGCAUCCUGUACGAGAGGAAAACUGCUUGGUGAGCGCUUACCCUCAACAGGACUCAUAUGAAAGAGAAGUGGCGUUGCUGCAACGCACUGUUGCAUGUACCCAGUGCGAGUUGAAGGAGGCACGUGAUAUGUUGGAGCUGGCGAAUGAGAGUCGCGCUGCCGCGUUACAGGAUUGUGCCCGCAUGAGCGAGCAGGUGAAGACGUUGACAGAGCACUUGCAGGAGGUUCUUAAAUCUCACAAGGCGUCUUCUGAAUUGCGUCUGGAGAACGAGGCGCUGAAUGUUCUUGUGGAGAAGCAGGCACACGAAAUUAAAGUACGAGACCAAAUUGUUGCCGAAAUGCGUUCCCUGUUGCAGCGACUUCAAGACAUGAGGUCUUUAGAGGAGUCUUCUCUUUCUGAAGAGAAUGAGCGAGCGCGUCAGCAGCUUCUUGAACGUCGAGUUAUUAGCGUUUCUGUGUUGUCUGAGGAGUAA